AUGACCAUCCCGGGCAUCAAGAACCCCGCUAUUCCCUAUGGCAGCACCAUCGUAGUCACUGGAUGCAGUGGCUUCAUCGGCUCGCACGUAGCCGAACAAGUCCUCGCCGCUGGCUAUAAAGUCCGCGGCACAUCGCGCGACGCGAAAAAGAACAAGUGGUUGAAAGACCACUUCAACAACAAGCAUGGCGAGGGAAAGUUCGAGUUAGUCUCCGUACCGGAUCUGACUGCGAAAGAUGCCUUCGAAGACGCCGUCAAAGGUGCAAGCGGCUUCAUCCACGUAGCCCACGACAUGACCGGCUCUGGAGAUCCGAAGAUUGCAAUUCCGCACUCUGUCAACAUGGCCCUCAGCGCACUCAAAACCUCCUCCUCCGCAGGCCUAAAGCGGUUUGUAUACACGUCGUCUUCCUUCGCGGUGACCCAGCCCAAGCCCAGCGUCAAGUUCACGGUCGACGAGUCUACCUUCAACGAAGAUGCCAUCCGUGCCGUGAAAGAAAAAGGCGAAGCAGCGGGUGGCGCGACGGUGUAUUCAGCAAGCAAAGUGGAAGUCGAGCGGGCACUGAAGAAGUGGAAGGAGAAGAGCAAGGCUGAGAUCGUGAUUAACUGUGUCAACCCCAACGGCAAUCUCGGUCCCGUCCUCUCGCCUUCACACCAAGGGUACCCCACAACCGCGGGCUGGAUCAAGAACUUGUGGGACGGCAACUACGCCGCGCUCAAGCGGCCGCCGGAGCACUUCAUCGACGUACGGGAUGAUGCGAAACUGCAUGUCAUUGCGCUCGCGCACCCGGAUUUAAGCGGGAGGAGGUUGUUGGGUAUGGUUGCGCCGGCGCCGAUUAGUCGCAUUGUUGAAAUUUUGAGGGAGACAUAUCCGGAGAGGCGGUUUGAGGAUUUCAAGGAUGAGGGGACGGAUGAGAUUGUUAAUGCGGAGAAGGAUGCGGUGGAGGGGUUGUUGAGGGAGGCUUAUGGACAUGGGUACACAAGUCUCGAAGAGAGUGUCAAGGCAAACGCAAAGGAAUUGAAGUAA